GGAAGGAGAGUGGAGUCCAGGGGAGAGCAGCAGCCGUGAAAUGCCUCGACGGGAGCCUGCCAGCUACUCUUGUGGCCACCUAAAGGUGGUGAGCUCCACCUGAGGAUGGCAGGAGAUUCUCAAGUCCACAUGGACCACGACAUGGAGAUAGGAGUCACACCCACAGCGGUGAAAAAGCUUCCCAAACACAUGCGGGAGGCCCAGAUCUCCACUGAGCGCACCCACCUCAUCGCCGACCCCAUCAAGAAGCCCCGACAACGCUACGUCCAGAAGGACGGCAAAUGCAACGUUCACCACGGCAAUGUGCAGGAAACCUACCGUUACCUUAGCGACCUGUUUACCACCCUGGUGGACCUGCGCUGGCGCUUCAGCCUCUUCAUCUUCACUUUGGUGUACGUGGUCAACUGGCUGUUCUUCGGCCUGCUGUGGUACAUCAUCGCCCUGAUCCGAGGGGAUCUGUGGCACAGCGACGAGGAGGGCUGGACCCCCUGCGUAGAGAACCUCAACAGCUUCGUCUCUGCCUUCCUCUUCUCCAUCGAGACGGAGACCACCAUCGGCUACGGCUACCGCGUCAUCACAGAGAAGUGCCCUGAGGGCAUCAUCCUGCUGUUGAUCCAGGCCAUCCUGGGCUCCAUCGUCAACGCCAUGAUGGUGGGCUGCAUGUUCGUGAAGAUCUCCCAGCCAAAGAACCGUGCCGAGACGCUCAUGUUCUCCCACAAGGCGGUGAUCUCUGUGCGGGACAACAAGCUGUGUCUGAUGUUCAGAGUCGGGGACCUGCGCAACUCCCACAUCGUGGAGGCCUCGAUCCGGGCCAAGCUGAUCCGCUCACAGCAGACCAAGGAGGGGGAGUUCAUCCCUCUCAACCAGACGGACAUCAACAUCGGUUUUGACACGGGAGACGACCGGCUCUUCCUGGUGUCCCCACUCAUAAUCUCCCACGAGAUCAACGAGAAGAGCCCCUUUUGGGAGCUGUCCCAGGCCCAAAUGGACAAGGAGGAGUUUGAGAUCGUGGUCAUCCUGGAGGGCAUGGUUGAAGCUACAGGGAUGACCUGCCAGGCCCGGAGCUCUUAUCUGGACAAAGAGGUGUUGUGGGGCUGGCGUUUCACCCCAGUCCUGUCUCUGGAGAAGGGCUUCUACGAGGUGGACUACAACAGCUUCCACGACAUCUACGAGACCAACACGCCGUCAUGCAGUGCUAAAGAGCUAGCCGCUACACUACGAGAGGGCCAGCUGCUCCCCACGCUCUCUUCGCUGACGCCCGAGCCCACCAAACCCUACACCCUGGAACCUCUGUCCACCCACAACCCACUCACCAAAGAGGUGGACAAGGGGGAGGAAGGGGAGAGGGGAGAGAUCAACGGCUCGGCUGCAGCUCUGGAAGACCAGCCCGGACUGGACUGA